ACAACCGGAACCAUCGCCACCAGCUCGGAGAGAAAGAAGAGGUACCAUAGGCAGUUCUUCCCAAAGAUGUCGAUUCCAUUCUCCAACACCCACUACCGAAUUCCACAAGGAUUUGGGAAUCUUCUUGAAGGGCUGACACGCGAGAUUCUGAGGGAGCAACCGGACAAUAUACCAGCUUUUGCAGCAGCAUAUUUUGAGAACCUUCUAGAGAAAAGAGAGAAAACCAACUUUGAUCCAGCAGAAUGGGGGACUAAGGUAGACGACCGCUUUUAUAACAACCAUGCAUUCAAGGAGCAAGAACCACCUGAGAAAUGUGAACAAGAGAAGUCUCACACAUCUGUGAAAGAGGAAGGGACAUCAGUCACAGGCUUAGAGUCUUCUAAGGAAGAUAAGGACAAAGAAGAAGAGAUUGCUGCUGUCAAAAUCCAAGCAGCCUUCCGGGGACACUUAGCCAGAAAGGAGCUAAAGAGAAUGAAAACAGGCAACCUUCAAAAAGAGAAAUCAGAGGAAAACAAGUGAGAACACUGGUUUUACCCCCAGAAAACAUGACAUCAAACUUUUCGUGACUGCUGUGGGCCAUGAGCAUCUGUUUAAUAAAACAGAAACGUGCCACUUGAAGAUUUUUUCCUGAGAUCGAGUCUUGUUUAUACUUGUCCCAAGUCUAUGUGUAUAGAGAGCCUUGAAUUUGGAGUUAUAGAAC